UUCCUCUGCUCUUGAGCAGUGGCAGAGUUGCCUCUUUAAGGAAGGGGAAGGGGUUAAUAAGCACCUUCUUUAAAUACUGAAAACCUGAACCGUUUUUCUCAAGUCAGAAGCCAGUGACUUAAUCAUUCAACUCUCUCUCCCUUCCCCCUUGCUAUUCACGAUUGCAAACAGCUCACAUCGGAUCUGAUGAUUUGCCCAGCCUGGAAGAGACCCCUCUUCUGAAGGGCUUCACAGACACCCCAUCCUCUGAGAAAGAAACACAUAAGCUAGCCAGCUAUGUGCUUACAACAGGAGCAAUUAAGAAACUUAAUUCCAUAAGCAAAUGCAACCUUUCCAAGUCCAAGUGGAUGAGUUUAUCUUACUAUUUUCUUAAAUUUCAUCAAAUAACUUUCAAGGUCUCGAAAAUCCAAAGAUGUAAAAAAGGAACUGAGCUCUGUUUGCCAAGCUAUGAGGAUUAAAUAACGACAUUCAAAGAGAUUUUUGUGCCCUAAGUACUUUUUAUUGGUUUUCAUAGGCAGUUUAAUGUGCAGGAUGAAGCAAACAGAGAUGGGAGUGGUGUCAGCAUGGAUUAAGGUACCACCGAGGAAACAGAACAAGGCAACAUAUCCCAAGAGACCAAGUUGGUCAGUGUCAGGGCUCCUAAGUCCAGAACCAGUACAUACUCUCUCGAGGUUCUGCUGUCUGUGAUAUCAGGGAAUCACCAGACUCUGGCCUACAAAAGUGCACGGUGGCAUUCAUUCAUACUUCCUCAACUGUUUGAUGUUGGUCAAAUCAAUAAUAGGUGUGAAAUUGCGGUGUCGGUGACAAACUAUGUAAAUGAAAACUACUAUUCUCAUCUUCCCAUCUUGAGCACUAAGAAGCAAAUCAGUGUUCCCGUGAAGCCUGAACCUGGCAAGCUACAGCAGGACAGCAUCACAUCCAGAGCCUUGGCAGGAUUCUGGAGUGACUUGCUGCCGCCAGCAGGUUGGGGUAAUAGACCAGAGCAUGACAGGCCCCAGGGAUUUCCUACAGAGACUCUCCCUAUGUGGAUAGGGACACUUGGGGUCCUCUCCUCUGCCUCUUUCCUGCAGGGUCUAACCUCUACCACCUGCUAUCUCUGGGAUAGCCUCUGUCUGGCCUAGCGUCUAUAAGAAGAGCUUUCUAAAGCAGGCCUGUUACAAGUAUGCUCUCUGUGUGUCCACAGGUUCCAUCAUAGCUCACAGACAGCUUCUGCACAUAUUUUCUGCUUUGUUUUCUGGGCCUUGAACCCAGGGGUUCAUGUCAGCACAUGCUACCCACGUUCCUCCUCUUUGUUUUUUUGAGGCAGGGUCUCACUUGACACAAGCAGACCUUAAACUCACAGUGCAGCUGGCCUAAUUUUAAUGCCCCCUCAUCCUCCUGCCUCCACCUCCCAAGAGCUAGAAUUACAAUGAUGAACCAUCAUGCCCAGCUAUAUUCUAAUUUUUCAAUCUGUUUUCAAUGCUGGUUUCUUUGGGAAACCACACUAAGAUAACUUCUUUGUUGGCACGAAUUUCUCAGUUCAGUCCCAAAUCUCCUAAGUAGCAGUACCCAGCAAACCUCAAAAACACCCCCUCAAAGAAGCUGAUGCCCACUAAAUGGCCUUCUAAAAUAACACUUGUAAUCCUGAGCAUUUACAAGGCGGCAGACCUCCUACAAGGGAGUAAAUAUGAAAAAGCGCCUGUCGGAAGGGCUUGAGGCCUGUUCAAAUGCUAGAUCGGUGGAUAGAAGCAAUUUCCUCAGAAAGCUGAAGGCACCAAAGGUUAGAUUUGUUAGCAUUUCAGUGUUUGCCAAAUUGAGCUACAGUGAACAGCACAGAUUCCCUAUUUCCCAACUCCUAGCUAUGACUUAUGUCCCCUACCUAGAGCGCGGUGCCAUAACUCCCAGCGCCCUUCCCCCGCGCUGGCAAGUACCGUUAAAACUGCCAGUCUCCGGUUAGAAGGACUGCUGUUCUGAGGUGAGUGGGAGAUGAUCCGUAGCUCUGGACCCUGGGGUGAAGGCCGCUGUGACAGUAAGAAAAGCGGACACACAGCUUCACUUGGUCUUCCUCCUUUGGUGGUGGCUGUUAAUGGAACCUAUUUGGGAGAUGAGUUUAUGGUAGUACCACAAUAAAGCUUUAAGAACCUGUACAGUCGAAUUCCGUCGGUAAUUGUGAAACCUGUCUGGAAAGAACUCCGACUGCCACUACCCACUGCCUGCACCGAAUUCGCAGGCUCUCGAGGACAGGCGUCUUUGCUUGCGACGCCCCUCGCCCCUCCCCCCCCCCCAGUCUAGGCCACCUGGGAUUCCCCAGCUCAGAGCAAAAAAAGGACCGAGAAGGUUUCUGUGGAGGGCAACCUUCGUGACCGCGCCUCUCCCUGUUACUCCUCGCAACCACUGAACUCGGGUUACAUUUUCCGCAACCAAUGAACUCCACUGGAGGAACAAGACUGGUCGGUAGUCCCUAAGCGCCAACUGGGGGACCAGGGACCAUCUACAGAAAAGUGUUAUUGGUGCAACCCCGCCCCUUCCGCUACGCUCGAAUCCCGCCCCUUCCUCCGUCCCGACCCCGCCUUUAUCCCCCGCGGGCUCUCAAUGUCCUGCAUCCUGACAUUUUCUGUGCACAGCCCUCGAUCGAAGUUCCCGCACGUUGGAGGCCCAGCCGGACCUUGAGCGCGAUGCCCCGCGCGCCCCGUUGCCGGGCUGUGCGCGCCCUGCUGCGCAGCCGGUACCGCGAGGUGUGGCCGCUGGCAACCUUCGUGCUGCGCCUGGGAACUGAGGGCAGGCCACUCGUGCAACCUGGGGACACAAAGGCCUUCCGCACGUUGGUGGCCCAGUGUCUAGUGUGUGUGCCCUGGGGCUCGCAGCCUCCACCUGCUGACCUUUCCUUCCAUCAGGUGUCAUCUCUGAAGGAGCUGGUGGCCAGGAUCUUGCAGCGACUCUGUGAGCGCGGCGAGAGAAACGUGCUGGCUUUUGGCUUCGCGCUGCUUAGCGGGAAUCAAGGCGGGGCCCCCAUAGCCUUCACUACUAGCGUGCGAAGCUACUUGCCCAACUCGGUGACUGAGAACCUGCGCAUCAGUCGUGCAUGGAUGCUUCUGCUGAGCCGAGUGGGCGACGACCUGCUGGUCUACCUUCUGACCCGCUGUGCGCUCUACCUGCUGGUGCCCCCGACCUGUGCCUACCAGGUGUGCGGCUUGCCCCUGUACCAAAUCCAUAGCACCGCGGAUACCUGGCCCUCUGUGCCCCCCAGAUACAGGCUCACACGACCCGCGGGCAGAAAUUUUACCCAUCUUGAAUCCACACACCCGGUCAAGAACAGCAGUUAUCAGGAAGCAUGGAAACCCUUGAACUUGCCAUCUCGAGGCAUGAAGCGGAGUCUGGGCAUCACCAAUAGAAGUGUGCCUUCAUCCAAGAAGGCCAGGUGCAAUCUGGCCCUGAGACAGGAGAAGGGACCCGACAAGCAGGCGGUUCCAACCCCAUCAGACAAAACACGGGUGCCAAGGCCUGCCGAGUUCCCCGCAGUACCUACUAGUAGAGCUACCAAAGAUUUGUCUUCCAGAGGAAAGGCACCUGGCCUGAGUCUUUCUGGGUCAGUGUUCUGUAAGCACAAGCGCAGUUCCACAUCCUUGCAGUCACCGCUAUGUCAAAAUGCCUUUCAGCCCAGACCUUUUAUUGAGACCAAACGCUUCCUCUACUCCAGGGUAAGUGGCCAAGAAAGGCUGAACCCCUCAUUUCUACUCAACAACCUCCAGCCUAACUUGAGUGGGGCCAGGAGACUGGUGGAGAUCAUCUUUCUAGGCUCGAGGCCUCGAACAUCAGGAACACUAUGCAGGGCGCGCCGCCUGCCGAGGCGCUACUGGCAGAUGCGGCCCCUAUUCCAGCAGCUGCUUGUGAACCAUGCAAGGUGCUCAUAUGUCAGACUCCUCAGGUCACAUUGUAGGUUCCGGACAGCAGCCCACCAGGUGGCAGGUGCCUUAAACACCAACCCACCGCACCUCAUUAACUUGCUCCGCCUACACAGCAGUCCCUGGCAGGUAUAUGGUUUUCUGCGGGCCUGCAUCCGAAAGCUGGUACCUUCAGGUCUCUGGGGUACUAGGCACAACAAGCGCCACUUCUUUAAGAACGUGAAGCAGUUCAUCUCCUUGGGGAAGUACGGCAAACUCUCGCUGCAGGAGCUGAUGUGGAAGAUGAAAGUGGAGGACUGCCCCUGGCUUCGCAGCAACCCAGGAAACAACUGUGUCCCUGCCGAAGAGCACCGUACGAGGGAAAGGGUCCUGGCUGCGUUCCUGUUCUGGCUGAUGGACACGUACGUGGUAGAGCUGCUCAGGUCAUUCUUUUACGUCACAGAAACUACAUUCCAGAAGAACCGACUCUUCUUCUACCGUAAGAGUGUGUGGAGCAAACUGCAGAGCAUUGGAAUGAGGCAGCACCUCGAGAGAGUGCGGCUGCAGGAGCUGUCACAAGAGGAGGUCAGGCAGUACCAGGAGGCCUGGCCGGUCACGCCCGUAUACAGACUGCGAUUCCUCCCCAAGUUCAGUGGUCUCCGGCCCAUUGCAAACAUGGGUUACAGCAUGGGCACCAGAGUCUUUGACAAAGAGAAACAGGCCGAGAAUUUCACCCACCGUCUCAAGACGCUAUUCAGCGUGCUCAACUAUGAACGGACAAAGCAUCCUAACCUCCUGGGGGCUACUGCUCUGGGCCUGAAUGACAUCUACAGGACCUGGCGGACUUUCGUGCUGCACGUGCGCACUCUGGGCCGGACACCCAGGAUGUACUUUGUUAAGGCAGAUGUGGCGGGAGCAUUUGAUGCCAUUCCCCAGGACAAGCUCGUGGAGGUUGUUGCCAAUAUCAUCCGACACCCAGAGAACACGUACUAUGUCCGCCAGUAUGCAGUGGUUCAAAGAGAUAGCCAAGGCCAAGUCCAUAAGUACUUCAGGAGACAGGUCUCUACCACGUCUGACUUCCAGCCGUACAUGGACCAGUUCGUGGCACAUCUGCAGGGCUCCGGUGACAGCACACUGAGGAACUCCGUUGUCAUUGAGCAGACCUUCUCUAUGAAUGAGGCCGGCCGCAGCCUGUUUGACUUCUUUCAGCACUUUGUGCGUAAUAACAUCAUGAAGAUUGGCGGCAGGUGCUAUGUCCAGCGCCAGGGCAUCCCCCAGGGCUCCAGCCUGUCUACCCUGCUCUUCAGCCUGUGUUUCGGAGACAUGGAGAACAAGCUUCUUACAGAGGUGCAGCAGGAUGGGCUGCUUUUACGUUUUGUUGAUGACUUUCUGUUGGUGACACCUCACCUGGUCCAGGCAAAAGCCUUCCUCAGGGCCCUGGUCCACGGCAUUCCUGAGUAUGGCUGCACAAUAAACUUAGAGAAGACAAUGGUGAACUUCCCCGUGGAGACUGGUGCCCUGGAUGGUGCAGCUCCACACCAGCUGCCGGCUCGCUGCCUGUUUCCCUGGUGUGGCCUACUGCUGGACACUCAGACUCUGGAGGUGUUCUGUGACUACACCAGUUAUGCCCAGACCUCAGUUAAGGCCAGCCUCACCUUCCAGCGCGUCUUCAAGGCCGGGAGGAACAUGCGGGACAAGCUCUUAGCUGCUUUGCGGCUGAAGUGUCACAGUUUGUUUCUAGACUUGCAGGUGAACAGCCUGCAGACCGUCUGCAUCAAUGUUUACAAGAUCUUCCUGCUUCAGGCCUACAGGUUCCAUGCGUGCGUGCUUCAGCUUCCCUUUGACCAGCAUGUUAGGAAGAACCCCAGAUUCUUUCUGGACAUCAUCGCCAACACAGCAUCCUGCUGCUACUCUGUCCUGAAGGUCAAGAACGCAGGAAUGACACUAGGGGCCAAGGGAGCCCUUGGCUUAUUUCCUCUUGAAGCUGCACGUUGGCUGUGCUACCAAGCCUUCCUGAUCAAGCUGGACGGUCACUCUGCUGUCUACAAGUGUCUCCUGGGACCUCUCAGGGCUGCUCAGAAGCAGCUGUGCUGGAAGCUCCCUGGGGCCACAAUGGCCACCCUCAAGGCUGCAGCUGACCCAGCCCUAAGCACGGACUUUCAGACCAUUCUGGACUAAGCCUGCUUCCUUCAGCUCAAUGAACAUGGGCACCAUAGCCUCUCCUCUCAUGGAUCCACGUGACAAGAGGGACUGG